AUGAAUACCAUUGAGGUUCACGACGACAUUGAGCAUCACGGUCACGCUGAUGUUGGAUUCAUGCAGAUGUACUCGAUUCCAGAAUAUCUGGCCGUAACUCUUUUCCCUGCCUCAGACAUUCCCAUCUCUGCAUUCGUCAAGUUUGCCAUUCCGUCCGUCACUUCCACCCAUCAGGCUGCUUUGCCAAGUGUUCACCAAUAUUUCUGCUUGGAACCUCCACACUCCAGCCCAAUUGAUCAUGCUCAAACAAGUUCUGUGGCAGCCAUGGUGACAAAUGCCGACUUCGACAUUGAAUCCGAGGUAGAUUUGAGUGCGGAUGGUUUGUUGGCAGUGUUGGCAGAAUCGUGGCCUAAUGUGGACAGCACAGGGAAGGGCAAGGGCAAGGCUGAGGCUGAGGAUAUCAAUGGAAGUGAUGACAAGUGGCUGGAGUUGGGAUAUGUUGGUGUUGAUGUGAGUGUUGGUGUGGAUGGGACUUUGGAAUUGGUGCCCUGCCUAUAUAUUUUCGCAUUUUUGGUCCUUUUGUCUUUUCAUGUCUCUCUUAGUCAGUAG